UAUAUAUAUAUAUAUAGAAUAUUGACAAGUUUUACAAGACAAAAAUUCUUUUUAAAUAUAUAACGAACAACACAGUGUUUAUUGGUGAAAGUUAAACGAAAGGAUGUUUUCGCAGGAUGAUAGAGAAACCGAAAAUUUUGUUUCCAAAGCUGUUCAAACGUUAAAACGUUACGAUCCAAACAAGUUUUCUUUUUUGUCUUGGCAAACUGAUUUUUUGAAUGUAGCGCAAAAUCUCAAUGUACCUAAAAGUAAAAAAACUGCACUUUUCUGUUCGAUGUUAGAACCUAAAAUCUAUACUGCACUAAAGAAACAUGUAUUGCCUCGUCAUCCGACACGUUUAUCGUACGAAGAUUUAGUAAAGAAUUUAGAAACAUGUCCUCCAAUGAUAAAUACAAGAAAUGUCCGUAUAAGGUUCAAAGCACGAAAACAACGUGAUGAUGAAACAAUAGAAAUGUAUGCUAAGAACUUAGAAAAUAUAUAUAAAAAGUGUCAAUACAAAUUUGUAGAUGAUAAAGUGUUAGUCGAUCAAUUCUUAUAUGGAUUACGCAAUCGUGAAAUAGCUAGUCAUCUUCAGAAAACCAGAAUCAGGGUAUACAAGGUGGCGGUAGGAUGGGCUCUUGAAUUUGAGGAAAAAGACAUGGCCUCGACUAGUAGAGACUAAUAUUUAAUGAAAUCCGCAGGCUAACAAACAAUAAACAAAUAAAACGGAAUAAGAAAUUCUUAUAUCAUUGUAAUAUUAAAUCGUUGACACUUCACGAAGAUAAAUAAUUAAUCAAAGUAUGCUGCAAAAUCAGAAAAAAAAACAACUU